AUGAAUCUCACCCCAAGUGUCAACAACAAGUUCCCAUAUCAAGCCAUGUUUGGGAAGUUGCCAGAGUGGCUCAUGAAGCUCUUAUGCAUGUCUGGAUGCCUAGCAUGGGUAAACAUCCCAAAGGUUAAAAGAGACAAUAAGAAGCUAGACCAACAGGCCAUAGCAUCUAUAUUCCUGGGAUACAGUCUGGAGAGGAGAGGAUGGCUCUUCUACAGCCCAGACUACAGUCUUAACAUAUUCUGGAGCAACUCAGUGAGAUUUAUGGAGUCUAAAUGCUGGUCCAAUAGAACAGAGUGGCAACUGGUAAGCAUGCAGCUGCCACCAGCACUAGCAGAUGAAGAAGACCUCAAUGACCAAGGGUACACAGAUGAGAACCUCUUUGAUGAAAGAGAAGAAGAGCCACUAGACAAAUACAUGGAUAUGGAGACAGUUGUUGGAAUGGAUGAGGAAGAGACCUUAGGUGAGGGUGUGGUGAAGAUGAUUGAGUACAGAGCCAACACUGAAACAUGGGCUGACAGUACCCAUUUUGGACUUAUGGCAGCAAAUGAUAGUAAAAGACAGAACCUGGAUCUGACUGUCAGCAAGGCACUGUCUGGAGAGGAUAGGAAACACUGGGAGGAGGUGAUGUGCAAGGAGCUGGAUGGGCUGAAAGCCAUGGGCACAUGGGAGAUUGCCAACCUUCCUCAGGGCAUGAAUGCUGUUGACACACAAUGGGUUCUGAAGAUCAAGACAGAUGUGAAUCUAAUCCCCACAAAGUUCAAGGCAAGGCUAGUAGCACAAGGCUUCACCCAAAGGGAAGGCAUUGACUACACAGAGGUGUUUGCACCCUGUGGCACCCAUUCAAUCCAUUUGAGGAGUCCUAGCUAUAGCAACUGUGCAAGACUGGGAAGUGGAUUGCAUUGA